CGCUGGUAGGUCGCCUACUCUCUGAUCGACCUAUUAAAUUUGAGAUUUUCAAGCAGGUCAUGACAUCAGUUUGAAGACCGGCUAUGGGUGUUGAGAUCACCAAAGGGGCUGACGAUCUUUUAUGGUUUCGUUUCUACCACAAGAAGGAUGCAGUCCGUAUUUUGGAGGAAGGGCCGUGGUCUUAUGACAAUGCUUCCCUCUUGUGCACCAUUCCAACGCCGGGUGAGAACAUUACCGUGCAAGGUCUCAACAAGCUGGAAAUCUGGGUGCAAGUACAUGGUCUCCCUUUUGGCUACACCAGCAGAAACAUUCUUGAGGCAGUGGGGAAUUUUGUUGGUCUUUUUAUUAAGUUUGAUGAGCGCAACUUUGAGGGGCACCCCUUUACAUGGGAAUGGAAAAAGUAUUCGCCAGAGUGGGUGGAGGAACGGCUUGACAGGGCUGUCGCAUCAAAUGACUGGUUGGAUAUUUUUCCCAACUGUGUGGUCCACAACAUUGCCACACUUAGACAUGGGAGCAUGUCGUUCCUCAAACGCCUCAAUUAUUGUGGGAAGGAGCUUCAAAGCUGGGACAGGGACCACUUUAACCGGUUUGGCGGUAAGAUCCGUCAACUAAGGAAGCAGUUGGAAUCCAUGCGGGGGCAGCGUGGGGGCAGUGUAGUGCGGGACAGAGAGGCAAUUGACCAUGAGAUCAGGAAAACUUUGGAGAUUGAGGACUCUUAUUGGAGGCAGCGGGCAAAACAGUUUUGGAUUAAGGAAGGUGACAGGAAUACUAAGUACUUUCAUAACUUUGCUUCUCAUCGGAAGAGGAAAAACAGACUUGUGAGGUUACGAUACGAUAGGGGUGCUUGGCAAGAGAGCGCCCACCUUAACACUCUCGUGUUCGACUUCUACACGAAACUGUUUUCGGACACGGCGGAGGGGAUGAUUGGGGAAGACAUUCUGAGGGAGGUGGACUGUCACCAUAUUAAGGAUUUUGGGAAAUAUCCGGGUCUCCCAUCCUUCAUCGGGAAGAAUAAAUAUGAGAUUUUCUCUUUUAUCCUGGAUAAGAUCCGUCAUCGCAUUGGUGGUUGGCACACGCGGCUUCUUUCAAAGGCGGGCAAAGAGAUACUGUUGAAGACUGUUGCUCAAGCCAUGCCCCAGUACGCCAUGAGUGUGUUCGCUUUACCCAUCAGCACUUGUCAAAGAAUUGAGGGCCUCAUGAACAAGUUUUGGUGGCAAAGUGAUGGUAAAAACUCCUCGGGUAUCCAUUGGCUAUCAUGGAAGCGGAUGACGAAACCCAAAAAAUUUGGAGGCCUCGGCUUCAAAGACAUUCAUGCAUUUAAUUUAGCAAUGCUUGGCAAGCAAGAGGCGCUGUUCUCCAAAACCCAGGGCAGCCCUAUUGCGCUGUUUGUGGCAGGUAACUGGGCAAUAUGGAAGGCUAGAAAUGUAGCUUUAUGGGAGAAGAAGGUAGUCAGGCCGCUUGUCGUGGCGGAGUGGGCAAUAGCGGCGCUACUAACCACUGCGGCAGACCCGCCCCUUGCGUUGUCCUCGCAUCAGGUGGCAGCGUGGGGGGGGGGGGGUUUCAAAUGUAUGGUGGAUGCCGCUCUUCACGUGCGCUCACAUUCGGUUGGCGUGGCAGCGGUCUUGUUGAGGGAGGAUGGGUCCUUUGGGGGUGCCUUUAGUAGAAUUGUUCGUUGUCCUUUUGAGGCUAGAGUAGGGGAGGCUUUCCCAAUCAAGGAAGCAUUGUCUUGGCUUAAGGAGAGGGGAGUCACAGAGGUUGCUUUAUUUUCAGAUUGUUUGCUGCUCAUUCAGGCCUUAAACAGGAGGCAAGUUGAUGACCGGUCGUAUUUGGGAAUUAUUGAGAGCGAGUGUAGGCUCUUGGCCUCUUCUGUUUCACAGGUUGAGAGGAUCUAUGGGGAGGCAACAUCUAGGAUAUCAUAUGAGAUGCAUGCAACAGCUCCCAGAGUUGCGCAUGCAUCCAUUAGGGCCGCUGUUUCUAACAACAGCCCUAGAAGGAGAGAAAAUCAUCCUCACCAAUACCACGGCAUAAGUCGUCAUCGAAAUGGGACAUGGGUUGCCCAAAUUAAGUAUCAGGGUGCACUCAUUUCGCUGGGGACAUACUCUACCCCUCAUAUGGCGGCUGCCGCGUAUGACGCGGUGGCUUAUGCCUUGCGAGGCAGUCUUGAGGAACUCAACUUUCCUGCUUUUGCCGAACACUACCCUUACCCCACAUCCUCUGCUAAGGCGGACCUGAAACGGGUUGCUGCUCUAGCGGCUGCCAUGAUGGACCCACACGGUGUUGUGAGUACAACGAGCUGAGAUUAAAGAAUAAAUAACAUUGUGUUUGGUUCAUGGAUUUUGGGCAGGGCUGGUAAAAGGAGAGGGAGAAGGAGGGCAUUUCAGACAAAUUACACCCAUAUUCAACACCCACUAAAAAUGAGGAAAAGUCAAAAAUCCUGUUCUCUUCUUCCGCACGCACGAACACGUUUCAUCUUCUCCAUCUUCAUCACCUUCAAUCCUUCACUCCAUCUUCAAGUUUCAUAAAUAUCAAAUAGUAUUGUUCUUUAUAAUGUAUUGUUAACUAUUGUAAAACAUAGUAAUAUCAUCAUGGGUGAUCAACAACAAAGUACCAAAAAAGGAGGUUUUGAGCAAUUGACAACCAAAGAGAGUGAUGCACUAUUAGAGUUCAUGCUAGAUGUUGCCGCUCGAGGAUCGCAUGAUAAUAGUGACAUUUUUUCUAAGCAAACUGUGGAACAAAGGAUACUUCCUGUUCUUAAUAAAAAAAACUUGGGUGUCAGAAGAACUACCUCAAUUACCAAAGCCGAUUGAAGAAACAUGGGAUGAUUAGUUUAAGGCUUAUCCAAAGGAUAGCAUUGAAUUACGUUAUGGAACAUUUCGGGAUUAUGAGGACUUGAAAAUUGCAAUUGGAAAUGGUGUAGUUGUUGAGAAAAACUCAAUGGUGUAGUUGUUGGGAAAUUCCACCUAUUCACUCCAUAUCACCACUUCAAUUUGAAAUUCCACCUAUAUACAAGACGUGUUCUUGAAGAUGUCACAUGAAGAGCGGCUUAAUUGGAUAGGUCACAAAAUGAGAAGAUAAAAUGAUAAGAUGAAUGAAAGAGUUAUGUGACUUUAUUUUGAAUGUUUUAUCUUUUAUGUAGUGACUUUAUUUUGAUUGUGAGUUUAGAAUACUAUUGGUUU